GCUGCAGGCAGGGUAGUGGGCAUUCCAGUUGUGCUGUCCGUGAACUCCUUGGGCAGCUACUGCAGCAUCUGGGGGCUAUGGUGGUAGGGCUGUGCUGGGGUGGGGGUGUGUGGAGGGGCAGGGCUUUUGGCAGCCAGGAGCCUGGUACCACUGGCCACCUGCUCUGCCUAGGUCCCAGCUGGGGAUCACAUGCAAAACUCCCAGUAUGAUCAGGGCAGGAGCCAAACCCCUGCCUGAUCAGGGCAGGGGCCAAGCUCCCACUGAGCCUUACCUUGCUGCUGCAUGACUGAGUGAUCAGGUAUGAUUUAUUAAUUUAUGGAUAUUUACUUUUUAUAGUUAAGUGUGAUUUUUUUUAUAAAGCUGUUAACAGUAUACUAUCAUUACUAAAUUGUCUGCCUCCCAUAUCUCUAACUUUCAUGCAUGAAACUUCAAAGCGAUUAAAAAUUAAAAAUACUUAAAAUUAUAAAAAUUGUAUAAAAAAAAAUCAAAUCCUGCCAAGCCUAAUGUAACUCAUAUCUCAAAAGUUAGCUGCCUUUGUGAUAUCACCAGAAGGACUGGUGAUGUCGUGUUCUGUUGAUGGCAACUGAUGAGUGGAGAAGCUGUGUCCAGUCUGGUUCUGCAUGGACUGGCUUCAGCAGGGCUGGACUGCGUGGAGGACAUGAACCUGUAUUUGCUCCUCCUGUUUCUCCUGCUGGCAGCUGUACUCCCUGUGCCUGUGCCCCAAAGGCCCAGCCAAUCCAUUGCUGAGGAUUUCUCUGCUCCCCUGGAGCUCCCACAGCAGCACUUUGGCCUGGUGGAUGAUUAUGGCAUUAAACCAAAGCGACUGCAGUUCCUGACUCAAGAGACCCAGGCACAGCCCAAAGGCCUGUACCAAGCACGCAAGAGCAAACGGGAUGAGCCAGACAUGAAUGAGUACAAUUAUGAUGCCAAUCUAUGAGCUACUUGGGAACAUGCCAUGUUGGGGUUCCCACAAGGUGGGGGCUGGGGGCCAGGUUUGUAGGCUACUGUCCACUUGUUUCUUCUACUGCUGGAGGUGAGGUUGUAGCUGAAGACAAAAGUCCUUCCCUUUCUA